UAUUAUUGCAGAUUUUUAUGAGAAACAAAGAGUAAGAAACACCAUCAAAGUAAGAAGGAAGUAUGAGUAUCAAUGAAAUGCCAAAAAUGGCUUCAAGUAGUGUGCCCAAAUGGCAUUCUUCAUCAGUCACAACCAAAAUUGUCAAUAACUUAAAUCCUAUAUGCCAAGCUACCCAACAAUUAACUCUCAAAGGGAAGUUCGUGAUCAUACACAACCAAAGCAAAUCAAUUCCUGGAAAGUUCAUUUCUGUCCAGAUUUACAGUGGAACUGAUGUUGAUCCUGAGACUGGUAAAGGGAAAUUGAGCGAGAAAGCACAUUUCAAACAAGGUGAGAGCAUGAAACACAGUCAUGAUGCACAAACCACGAUAUAUAAAAUUAAGAUACAUGUUGACUCAAAUUUUGGAAGUCCAAGAGCUUUUGUUAUUCAAAACAAGUACAAGAAGAAGUUCUUCCUUCAGUCUGCAUCUAUUGAGACUUCUAGCAACCGCAUCAUUCACUAUGAUAUCAAUUCAUGGAUAUAUCCAAUAAAGAAGACCAAAUCUGAUAGGCUCUUCUUCUCAAAUAGAUGUUAUCUUCCAAGUCAAACGCCAAGAGCAUUAGUGGAACUAAGAAAGGAAGAGCUUGAUAUAUUGAGGGGUAAUGGAAUGGGAGAAAGAAAGGAAUGGGAUAGAAUCUAUGACUACGACUUCUAUAACGAUCUUGGUGAUCCUGAAAAAGGUCCUGAACACCUUAGACCAGUUCUUGGGGGCACAAAGUUGUUUCCAUAUCCACGCAGAGGAAGAACAGGUCGAAAACAAAGUACAGCAGGUCCAUCUAGUGAGAGCCGGCCACAACCAAUGAACUUUGGCAUAUAUGUUCCAUCAGAUGAGAGAUUUGCCCCCAAUAAAUUGAAGGAGUUGAAAUCAAAUUGUGUGCAUGCUAUGGUACAUUUUUUGUCACCAAAGGCAGAAUUAUUAUCACACAGAAAUUCUGCAAACUUUCAAUCAUUCGAAGAGUUACUUGAGAUGUUUUCUAGCAAUAGGAGCCAAAUAAUAGAGGGGUGGAUGAAAGACAACUUAAAGAAACUGAUACCUAUUGCGUACUUGAAGGAAAUAACUAUUGCAAACAAGGAAAAUCAUGGACAAUUGCCUAUCCCUCAAAUCAUAUUCGAAAAUGAAUUGGCUUGGAAAGAUGAUAUAGAGUUUGGAAGACAAAUGCUUGCAGGAACUCACCCCACCAGAAUACAAUGCUUAACGACAUUCCCACCUCAGAACAAAUACGGAAUACAGAGUUCAAUAAAGAAAUCAAUCAUAGAACAGAAGCUAGAAGGAUGGACACUUUCUCAGGCAAUGGAGCAGGGAAGAAUUUUCAUGCUGGAUCACCAUGACUACCUUAUUCCAUAUUUGAACAGAAUAAACGCAAAUGGGGUAUGUGCUUAUGCAUCAAGGACCCUUCUAUUCUUAAGGACUGAUGGCAUGCUUAAGCCAUUGGCAAUAGAACUUAGCUUGCCAGGUCCAGCUCCUCACCUUGAACUCCAUAGGGUUUUUCUUCCAGCCAAACAGGGAACACAAGCAGCACUUUGGCAGCUUGCUAAAGCUCAUGUAUUGGCUAAUGAUGCUGUUUAUCAUCAACUAAUUAGCCAUUGGUUAUGCACCCAUGCAGUUGUUGAACCAUUUAUCAUUGCCACCAAAAGAAGGUUAAGUGUUAUGCAUCCAAUCCAUAGGUUGUUGAAUCCUCAUUUCAAAGGUACCAUGCACAUAAAUGCCUUGGCAAGACUCAUCGUUAUAAACUCUGGAGGAAUUCUCGAGAGAAUAUUAUUUCCAGGUGAAAUCUGUAUGCAGAUCUCAUGUGACCUCUAUAAAGAGUGGAGAUUCAUUGACCAAGGACUCCCAGCUGAUCUACUCAAAAGGGGCAUGGCUGUACAAGAUCCAGACAUGAAUAACCCCACAGGGAUUCAGCUUCUGCUGCUGGACUAUCCCUAUGCCACUGAUGGACUUGAAAUAUGGGUAGCCAUCAAAGAAUGGGUCAAAGACUUUUGCUCAUUCUUCUACAAAGACAACGAGGACAUUGAGGGUGAUGUUGAACUGCAAGCCUGGUGGUCAGAGAUUAGAACUCAAGGCCAUGGUGACAAACACAAUGACACAUGGUGGAACCAAAUGACAACACUCUCAAACCUUGUGGAGACACUAACAAUCCUCGUAUGGAUUGCUUCUGCCAAACAUGCAUCUCUAAACUAUGGCCAAUAUGCAUACAGUGGCUACCCUCCAAACCGCCCCACACUAUGCAGGAAAUUUGUUCCUCUAGAAGGGACAGUGGAGUUUGGUGAGUUCCUCAAGGACCCAGAUAAGUUUUUCCUCAAGAUGCUUCCUGACAGGUUUGAGAUGAGUCUUGCAGUGGCAUUGGUGAAUGUUCUCUCAAGUCACACUUGUGAUGAGGUCUACUUGGGGUGCCAACAAUCACCAGGGUGGAUAGACAAUGAAGUGAUUCAGAAUAGGUUUGCUGAGUUCAAACAAGAACUAAAGGAGAUUCAAGCAAGGAUCAUGCAAAGGAAUAGGGAUCCUAAGCUUAAGAAUAGACGUGGCCCUGCGAACAUUGAGUACACUCUUCUGUACCCUGAUGCAGCUUCUUCUUCUGCCUCAAAAAGAGGAAUCACAGGAAGGGGGAUACCUAACAGUAUAUCAAUUUGACAUCUUGUUAUAGAUUACCAAGUUUUCAUUGUUGAUGGAUAAAACUUAUGUGUAUUUCUUUAAACGUUUUUGCUGUUGUUAUAUCAUUAGAAUUGAAGUUUCAUUUUGAUAACUUACUAAGAUCUUUAAUUCAAACUUUAACUUUGGUUAAAACUCUAAAUUUGAUGGU